AUGUCUAAAAAUGCAAUCUCAUUGGCUUCCUUAGCCAAAAGGUUAGAAACUUGUCAGGGUCAUGAAUUUCAGACUAUAUUGCGAACAUUAAGAUCAUCAUCGUACCAAGAUGAGCAGCUUUUGAAAUCCGAUUUGGCUGUUUUCAUGGCUAAGGUGUUGAAGCUGGUUAAAUCUAAUGAUAAGUACAUGUUAUGGAAAGGUUGCCAUUUGGUUAAUGUUGUUUGCUCUUAUAAUGCUAUUGUUUUGUGCUCUUUCUCUGGUGAACUAUUGACCGCUUUGUAUUCCAAUUUAGAGCAAAAAUCGACUUAUUAUACUGAUACAGUACGUACUGCGGAAGGGAGAAUAAUUCUGGAGAACUUAGUGCGCUGUAUUGGUAAUUUGGUGGAUUGUAUUAGAGGCAAGCCUACUAUAACGAGGGAAGCUUUAACUCCAAAGUUGACCGCGAUUAUUCCAACGUUAGUUUCUCUGGCUCAGUAUGAACCAGAACUUUGCCUGCCUGAGUUGAAAAAGCUUCUAUACAACAAUACGACUACAUUCAAACCGCAUGUGAACAAGUUCCGUGAUGUUCUCACAGGCCUGAUCAACCACAAUUAUCAUAGCUUCAAUGCGUACACGAAGGGACUAAUCUGCGACUGUUUUGCGUACCUACAUUUGGUCAAGAAGACUGCACAAAUCCAGGAUGAGAACCAGUCACAUCAUAAAGCUUAUGGUGAUGAGCACUGGAGGGAAGGGCUAUUCUCUGUUUUGUUCCAAUUUAAACCAGUUAUCCACCUGUUGGACGCAGUGCUGGAUUUUGAUUGUGAUGCAGACUUUAAAAAACUGUUUAGUUCUUUGAAAGAAGCACAAAGUAGUGUAACCAAAGCUGACUAUCUCUCACCGUUAUCGAUUGAUUUAAAUAAGCCAAUCACACUUUGGGAUCUAUAUGCUAGACUUGGCCUUUUGACCGAUUUAUUGAGCUCAUUUGUAAGCCUACCAACGCCAUUUGUAUUGAGAAUUCCUCUAGGUGAGUUAGUAAGGGUCGCGGAAGUCUUGCUAUCACUAUCUACCAAUUACCUUUCAUUCAAGCGUGGGCUAUACCGCGAGAGUGAUUUGACGUCUACAAUGUCUUCGCUGUUGCCAAUGAUCCAGUUUCAAGGCAUUAGGCUAUUGCAGUGCUACAACGAUAACUUCGGAAGAAGUAUGUUACCAUACCUUCCCUCUAUAUUGUCAUCUCUUGAAAUGUUCAUUCCACUGAAGCAAAAGACCUUCACUAUCGAUUUUGAGAAGUGUGAACUCAUCAACUAUGAAAUCAUAGAGUUGACAAAGUUAGUAAAUUCACUUGCUGCACACAUCGGUCACCGGUUUAAUGAACAGACUUUAUUAAUUAAACUAGUUGACCUCUGUCUUUACUUACUAGAGGACCAAUGUAAGGUAGACAAGAUAUCCACUAAAAGUCAGCAAAAAGGGACAGAGAAGUUAACUAAUUCCAAAAAGAAGGAUAAACGUAAUUUAGCGAAUGGAACUCUUUCUGAUAUUUACUCACAUCCACAUUUGUUUACUUAUAAGACGAAGUUAGAGAGGUUUGAUGUUACAAACAUAUUUUUCAGCACAAUUAUAACCAACUGGAAGAUACCAUCCACCCAGCAGGUGAAUAUUGUUAGGUACUGUAUCAGACAGUCUCUAAUGUUUAAAGAAUCCACCAAUAGUAUCCCAGAUUCGUUUGCCAAACUGCUUACAGUGUUAGUUUUAUUCCCUGGUAGUGAGAGAAUUUCAAUUCUCCCAAUUGCUGUAAGGCUGCUGAAGGAUAGUGGUAGUGCAGUGUUUGACGUUCUAUGCAAUCCAAGACUUCCUGUUCAAAUGGUGCAAAUGCUAACCCGUUCUCAGAUUAAAAGCCAAGAGGAAGACGAGCUUUCUGAAGAAGGAUCGGAGAUCAAACACGAAGAAGAAGAGGAAGAAGAGGAGGAAAUAACUACUACCCAACCUCCAGAAGAAGAUGACACUACUGCGGAGAAUCCAUCACUUGAAGGUGAGCAUUACAACGGUAAAAGAGAAAUAGAAAACGCCAUUGACCAGACCAGCGACGGCAAUAGCACGGAAAACAGCAUGAAAAUGUUCAAGAGGUCUUCUGAAACUGAUUACAUUCAUAAAAAACCUAUAAAGCGAUUCAAGUCUACCGAAGCUGUGGACAUGACAGCUACCACCGUUUCCUCACUCACUGCUGACGCCGAAAGCCCAGCCGAAUCGGACAGUGAAUUCGAAAUGCCUGAGAUCGAUUUGGGCGAUGACGAAGAUUAA